AUGACAUUAAACAAUCUUGCAUCUUGAAUCCAGGGAUGUAUUUGAGGCCACUUCCGGGCUCCCAGCUCUGGGUCACGUGCGUUAGUGACAGGGACCUCCACUCUUCCCAUUGGUCAAGCGUGCGAGACGACGGGGGCGGGGCUCUGUGACGUAAAAGGCGAUCAGCUGUUUGGAUUCGACAACAACAACAAUAGCUGCGAGGCGAGAGCGGUGGCGCCGGCGCCACGGACAGAGACUCGCUGCCCUCAGCUCCUCUACCUCAGCUCAGCCAGCGCAACGAGGCAGGCAAAUGCACAUAGAUCUGUGGUGUGGAAUUUUGGAAUUCCACUGGACAACCCCAUGCCACUGAAGUGAGCCCUGUGCCACUCCCGUCUCUCACCUGUGGUGUACCAUUGAAGCAGCCAGCCACCUCUGAGCAAUGUACCAGCACUUGUCCACGAUGUUGUUUGGAGCGAUUGACUGCGCUGAAAGUGAACAACAGGAGCGUGCAAUAUGUGAAAAGGAAGCCGAUGAGUGGAUUCUGGUUGAUUAUAUUGGUGGAUGCACCCCUGUGCAGAUGGAGACCAGCCCAUUGGAAAAUCUGCUCAUUGAACACCCCAGCAUGUCUGUGUACACGGUGUACAACGUCCAAAGCAAUGUGAGGGAGAACAGCCGGACUGCCGAGUACGAGAGUGAAACAUUAAGAGGGAGUACCGCUAAUCGAGUAGGUCACCAUAUUCACUUCUACUCGGCUACAACAGCCACCCAAACAGAUUCUGUGGUACAAGCCAGUCAGCUCCGCCACGUUCAACGCGGAAAAGAGCACGAUGCAAGGCACCUCGUCAACCGCAACAGCAUUCGCCGCCAGAACCUUACCAGGGAGUGUCUUUCUCGACAGGAUUUUCAAGAGGAUGUCGAGACGCAGUGAUCGUUUACAAGCUAGGCAGGCAAAAGUGGAGGAACAAAGGAAUGGCCCCGCGCAGUGCAAGAGGAGGAAAUCUGAAGAGUGCAAGCAACGUUGCCACGAAGCAGAAGUUAAUAGGAGAAGACAUCAGUUCCAGAUACAGAGUUGUUGGGCUCCCAUUGCACCUGGAGGUGUUAGUCCGUGUGUCCUUAUCCCCACACCCCACAAAGAGAACGAUCGCAUUGAAGACUUCUCCAAGUUCUCACAAUAUAGGUUCAAAAAUUUAUUCCUAAACAAAUCACCGCUACCACCUCUUGGCUGGGGAAGCUCUGAAGACGUGUGGUCAAACAUGCUGAAGAAGGAAAUAAAAUACACGCACAGUAAAGAUGUUCUCUCCUUGCACCCAUCCUUGCAGCCAAAAAUGAGAGCGAUUCUACUCGACUGGCUAAUAGAGGUUUGUGAUGUUUACAUGCUCCAUAGAGAAACAUUUUACCUGGCUCAGGAUUUUUUUGAUCGGUUCAUGUUUACUCAGGAGAAUGUUCAUAAAAGCAAGCUGCAGCUUAUUGGCAUCUCCUCGCUGUUCAUUGCCGCGAAGCUGGAGGAAAUAUACCCUCCAAAACUGAAUGAAUUUGCGUAUGUUACAGAUGGAGCAUGCACAGAAACAGAGAUACUGGAUAUGGAAUUAAUAAUUCUAAAGGCAUUGAAUUGGGAAUUGUGUCCGGUGACUGUUGUUUGCUGGUUAAACCUUUACCUUCAAAUUGUCUUUUUAAAAGAAGUACCCAGCAUGUCCCUUCCUCAGUAUUCGCAAGAUGUCUUCAUACAGAUUGCUCGGCUUCUCGAUCUGUGUAUCCUUGAUGUGGAGAGUUUAAGCUUCCCGUACGGAGUGUUGACUGCUGCUGCUUUGUGUUACUACACACCCAUGGAGGAUGCUUUCAGAGCUUCAGGACUGAAAUGGGAAGACAUUUCUGCGUGUUUUAACUGGAUGGUCCCUUUUGCAAAGACAGUGAGUGAAGGAGAUCCAGUGAAGUUGAGAGACUUUAAACACGUGGCAAACGAGGACCGACACAAUAUCCAGACACACACCAAGUACCUGGACAUGCUAGAUGAGGUGCAUGUGAGGAAAAUGGAGUCCACAGCAAGGCUGUCACCUGUGUCCAUCGGAGGGAUAUUGACUCCACCGAAAAGCACUGAAAAACCAUCCAGUUUGUUGCACUGAAGUUGUUGAAUUUGCUGUAGAAGAAUGAAUGGAAAAACCAGACAACUGUGGAAUUACCGGCUGGGGUUGUACAACUGCCUUGAGAUGCAGCUGGAAGCUCUUACUGGAGUUAAUUUUAGGAAAAAAAAUCUAAUGGUUUUGGAUUUGUUUUAAAGAACGGGCAAGCUGGGAGCUGGCUCCACAACGUUUUACUUCUACCGAGAAGACCCUAGUGUUGGGUCUGUUCUGGGGAAGGAAAAAGUGUACUUUUAAACAAAACCCAGAGAUGACUACUGCACAUUUUAUUUUUUAAAAAAGGCAGCUCGUGCUAUCCAUUUCAAUAAUGGUUUUAUUCAGAAAGAAAUGUGCAUUGUGAUAAAUUCUCUUGUGGAGUGGGAAGACCAGUAAAACUGAUUCUGUCACAGAGCAGAGCCAUUGCUUGAUUUGCAGUAAAAUGUAACUGCUGUGAAAUAGUGCACUGCAGAGCUGAGAACUUUAUCGAGGGAUCACAUUACUCUACGUUUACAACAGGGAGGUGGGUGAAUUGCAGUGGAGAUUUGAGUCUAUUUACAAUAAGCAGACUGAUGUUAAGUAUUAUGCUUUGACUCUGUAACUCACUGAAGGCUUGCACUGUCCAAGAAUUGUACGACAGACAAGUAAAAUGCAGGGGGUAUGGAGUUGGGACCUGUGUUGGGUGUUAGAGCUGGGACUGUAACUGGGCAGCUGAUAAGUAAGCACUCUCCCAUUAAUGGGCUUCAUCUGCACCAUCUGAGCUAGUCAGUGAGCAAAGGGAGUGGUGUUACUGUGAAAGAAACCAUGUACGUAAACCUCAAAGCAGUUCACCACUCAUUCCUCACCCAGCUAAACUAAAUCUCACUGCCAAAGAACAUGAAUUUUAUUGUAUUACUGUAAAUAGUUUUGUAAAAAUGUACAGUAAAUUACCUGUUAAAGACAGCUAUCCAACUAUACAUUUCCAGUGAUCUAUGAAUGAGCAUUGAAUGUGUAAGCUAUGAACUAGUGGAGUAUUUUAUGGACAGGUGUAAGACUCGUACUAUGAAAUUAGGU